UUUUAACUCGCUCCAGUCUAUUUUAUGUCGGCUUGUACCAUAAAAAGCUGUCUUGCUUUCUUCGGCGUCAGAUUUUCCGGCGACCCCUCCCUUGAUCUCGCCGGUUUCUCAGCUCCUCACUCAUAAUUUCACUCGCUCUCCGCAAAGUCCUCGCCGGAGAUUCGUUGUCGCCGGAGUUGUGGUCGGAGUUUUGUCUGAGUGAUUUGAUUUUCUUGUGAGCUCGGAGGUGAAAACGGUGAUCUUAGAGAGUUUCGGACAUCUUGAAUUCAUUUCUGUAUGUUGUUCCGAUAAGCUCAGUCGUAGGUUUGAAUUUUUGGUUUUUUUUUUUUGGAGGAAAGUUGUUGCGUUUGGUUGCUUUGGUCAAUGGUGAGAGGCGGAAUCAGUGUUUGGUGUGUGUACGAAGAUGAGGAAUUGAGAGAAAGUUAGGGUUUGAUGGUUGGGAUCAAUGUGAAUUGCGUGCGAUGCUGCAGCUGAUGGUGAAUGAUGGUUUAGUGGUGGAAAACUAGGCCGAAGAGGAACGCCGAGUGGUGAUUGAAUUGAAUUUGCUCAGAGGAAUAUUUUGAUAUCUGUAAGCAUGAAAGCUCCACCAAAUGGGUUUCUGGCAGGUUCUGGUGAAGGAGAAAGGAAGAGUAUUAAUUCUGAGUUGUGGCAUGCUUGUGCGGGGCCCCUGGUUUCAUUGCCUCCAGUUGGAAGUCUCGUGGUGUACUUCCCUCAAGGUCACAGUGAGCAAGUUGCUGCAUCGAUGCAAAAGGAGACUGAAUGCGUACCAAGUUAUCCUAAUCUUCCUUCCAAGUUGAUUUGCAUGCUUCAUAAUGUCACAUUACAUGCUGAUGCAGAAACUGAUGAAGUUUACGCGCAGAUGACCCUUCAGCCUGUAAGCAAAUAUGACAAGGAGGCAUUGCUGGCAUCUGAUCUUGGCCUCAAGCAAAGCAGGCAACCAGUUGAGUUUUUCUGUAAAACUCUCACAGCUAGUGACACAAGCACCCAUGGUGGAUUUUCUGUACCUCGUAGAGCAGCUGAGAAGAUCUUUCCACCUCUUGAUUUCUCGAUGCAACCCCCUGCUCAGGAGAUUGUGGCCAGAGAUUUACAUGAUAAUACAUGGACAUUCAGACAUAUUUAUCGAGGGCAACCAAAAAGGCACCUGCUGACUACAGGUUGGAGUGUCUUUGUUAGCACAAAAAGAUUGUUCGCCGGUGAUUCUGUCCUUUUUAUAAGAGAUGAAAAAUCACAGCUUCUCUUGGGUAUAAGGCGUGCUAAUAGACAGCAGCCAGCUCUGUCUUCAUCAGUCAUAUCCUGUGAUAGCAUGCAUAUAGGAAUUCUAGCUGCUGCUGCUCAUGCUGCUGCAAAUAACAGUCCAUUUACUAUAUUUUAUAAUCCAAGGGCUAGCCCUUCUGAGUUUGUGAUUCCCUUAGCCAAAUAUAACAAAGCAAUGUAUACCCAAGUUUCACUUGGCAUGCGAUUUAGAAUGAUGUUUGAAACUGAGGAGUCAGGGGUACGCAGAUACAUGGGUACCAUCACUGGCAUCAGUGAACUGGAUGCUGCGCGAUGGAAAAAUUCACAAUGGCGUAACCUUCAGGUUGGCUGGGAUGAAUCAACAGCUGGCGAACGGCCAAGCCGAGUUUCAAUUUGGGAAAUUGAACCUGUUGUAACUCCUUUCUAUUUAUGUCCUCCUCCAUUUUUCAGACCCAAAUUUCCCAAACAACCAGGAUUUCCAGAUGAUGAGUCUGAUAUAGAGAGUGCUUUCAAGAGAGGCAUGCCCUGGCUUGGGGAUGACUUUGGCAUGAAGGAUGCCCCAAGCUCAAUCUUCCCAGGCUUGAAUCUAGUCCAGUGGAUGAGCAUGCAACAGAAUAAUCAAUUUCCAGCUUCUCAGUCAGGACUAUUCCCUCCCAUGGUUUCUUCAACUGUCCUGCAUAGUAACCUUAGCACUGAUGAUCCGUCCAAAUUGUUGAGUUUUCAAGCUCCUGCGUUGUCUGCACCAAGUCUCCAGUUCAAUAAAGUAAAUCAACAAAAUCAAGUUAGCCAAUUCCAGCAGCCAUCUUUGGCAUGGCCCCAGCAGCAGCAGCAGCUACAGCAACUGUUGCAGACUCCUAUUAAUCCACAACAACACCCCCAGCAGCAUCAGCGCCAGCAGCAACAGCAGCCCCAGCAGCAGCAUCAGCAGCAACAACAACAACAACAUCAACAACAUCCACAGCAGCAGCAGCAGCAACAACUGCAACAAUUGCAACAACCACAGCUGCUGCUGCAGCAGCACCAACAGUUGCAACCGCAGCACCAACAACAGCAACAACAGCAGCAACAGCAACAACCACAACAUCAGCAGCAGCAGCAGCAGCUGCCACUCCAGCAGCAGACGCCGCCACAGCAGCAGCAGCAUCAGCCACCACAGCAGCAGCAGCCGCUCCAACAGCUAUUCCAACCAGCUUUUGUAAAUGGUGGUGUUUCCUCAAAUCAGAUCCUUAAUCAGAAUUCACAGCAACCAAUUUUAUACCCUCAGCUUCAGCCACAACAGUCACUAACAGGCAAUACCCUAUCUCAACAAAGUAUUCAGUCUGCUAGUAGGAAUUCAUUUCAGUUGUCAUCUUUGCCACAAGACUUGCAGUUUCAGCAACAAAUGGAACAGCAGCCUAGCCUUGUACAGAGGCAUCAGCAGCCGCAUACACAAAUGCAACAAUCAUCCCCACAGUUGUUGCAACAUAGCUCGUCUCAGAGGCCACAACAGCCACAGCAGCCACAAGUGCAACAAUCCUCACAGCAGAACCUACCAGAGCAUCAACUUCAAUUACAGUAUCUGCAGAAAUUGCAGCAGCAGCAGUUGCUUUCUCCGGUAAGCCCACGGUUACAGCCUCAGCAGCCACAGCAACAGCAGGCAAAUCAACAAAACCAGUCAUUACAACAGUUGUCUCUGUCUCAGCAGCAGCUAAGUAGCAAUAGUUUCUCAACAUCAGCGCUCAUGCAAUCACAACAAAUUCCCAUGAACCAACUCCAGGGCCAGCACAAACCAAUUACAGCAAUCAGAGCUCAUUCUGGGCUUACAGAUGGGGAUGCUCCAUCAUGUUCAACCUCACCUUCUACUAAUAAUUGCCAGGUCCCAUCAAAUUUCCUCAAUAGAAACCAACAAGGGCCAGCCAUAUUAUUGGGGGAUUCAGUGGUUGAGCCUGCUAGUAAUCUUGUCCAAGAGCUUCAAAGCAAGUCUGAUAUCCGCAUAAAAAAUGAAGUACCCAGCUCAAAAGUACCAGACCAACUAAGAUACAAAGGUACUGUUACUGAUCAAUUGGAAGCUUCUUCAUCUGCGACGUCUUAUUGCUUGGAUGCUGGUACCCUCCAGCAGAAUUUCACACUCCCCACCUUCUGUUUGGAUGGAGAUGUUCAGUCAAAUCCUCAGAGUAAUCCUCCUUUUGCAGUUAAUAUUGAUGGUUUGACGCCUGACACUCUGUUGUCGAGGGGUUUUGACUCAGGAAAGGAUCUUCAGAACUUGCUUUCUAAUUAUGGUGGAACUCCAAGAGAUAUUGAGACGGAGUUGUCUACUGCUGCGAUUAGCUCUCAGUCAUUUGGGGUUCCGAACAUGUCUUUCAAGCCUGGGUGUUCAAAUGAUGUUGCCAUCACAGAGACUGGGGUUUUGAGCAAUGGGUUGUGGACAAACCAGGCUCAGCGUAUGCGGACAUAUACAAAGGUUCAAAAGCGUGGUUCUGUGGGGAGAUCUAUCGAUGUCACCCGUUACAAAGGUUAUGAUGAGCUCAGGCAUGAUCUUGCCCGCAUGUUUGGAAUUGAAGGGCAGCUAGAAGAUCCACAAAGGACCGACUGGAAGCUUGUUUAUGUUGAUCAUGAGAAUGACAUACUACUUGUUGGUGAUGACCCUUGGGAAGAGUUUGUAAGCUGUGUUCAGAGUAUAAAGAUACUGUCAUCUGCUGAAGUACAGCAGAUGAGUUUGGAUGGAGAUCUGGGUCACGUGCCUGUCCCAAAUCAAGCUUGUAGUGGGACUGAUAGUGGGAAUGCAUGGAAGGGUCACUACGAGGAUACCUCAGCUGCCUCAUUUAAUCGAUGAAAGUUACAAACUUCCUAACAUCAAGAUAAUUCAUCAUGCCUUUGGGUAGACUAUCAGGUAUCAUCAAAUUGGAGGAUGGAUGCCCCGUCUGGUCCGUGCUUGUCAGUUCUACGAGCAAUGUGAACUAGCUCUUCUUAUGAGGUGAUGUGUCCAUAAACAGAGGGAAGUGGAGUAGUAAUUGUGGGCAGACUGUUAUAGUUUUUGCCACUCUUCACCUCAGCAUACGAGUCCACUGAUUCCCUGGUUGAGGAACUGAGCGCUUUUAAAAAACGCUAAGGCUUAGAGCUCAAAUCAUAUAGUAGGGUGAAAAACUACAGCUUAUUCAAAUUUUUUGAUGCUGGCAUCUGCAUCUGCUUUUGUUGCAAUUGGUUGCCUCUGUGCAAUGGUAUUUCAGAAAGAGCCAGCAGGGGCAGAAACAAAAGGCAGAUGAUGUAUAAUACAGUACUUUUCCAUCGGUUAAGGCUUAAAAAGACUGUCACUUGCAAAGAACCAUGUUUAUAUGUUAUGUUCUAGCUGUAACCAUAACUACUAGGCACACAAUUUUUACCUACCGUAAAGGAAUUCUGCUAUUGCUGCUGCUUGUCUUUCUACACCA